UUUAAAAAGUAUUUCAACUAAUUAUUUAUAAGAAGUAUUUGUGUUUUACAAUCACAUUAUGAACAACAAUAAGCUAAGUGAAGACAACACUGGCGAUGAAGAUCAGGGAUCCGAUCGUCCAAAGUCGUGGAUCACGUUUGAAGAGCAAGCAGUGGUGGUGGACACUGAUAACCAUCACCGAGAUGUUAGACUUGAUAUGCCGUCCAAUUUGGUGUCAUCGGCAGCGACGAUGGCCGCCAACAACAGUGGCGGCUCAUCAUUUGUGGCCACUAUAGAGCCGACCGAUUCGAUACACGUAAGCGCCGCCAAUGCUCACGACAUCAGCAAACAAAGUACUUCACCGAUAAUGACCACCUCAUUGACUAUUGGCCUACCAUUGAAUCAAAGCAAUCAAAUAACUGAUGCAAAUAUUAUGUCUAAUAUUAAUACUGUCAGCAAUAAAGUUAUUGAUAAAAGUUUUAAAGCAAUCACUAAUAAUAAUAAUAAUUAUGUGAAUGAUAUGCAAGAAAUUAGAGCCGAGACCAGCGAUGGUACAAAUGUUGGCAACAAAAGUAGUCUACAACAGGUCUCGCUUAAGGACGUCGUCAGCAAUAAUGGCAACAACAACGACGACAAUGCAGUCGUCAAUCAAUGCAAUCAUCAAUCAAAUGCUCAAAUUGAUGGCUAUUCAAAUGGUGACAUAAUAGUGACUCUAUUGCCAGUCAAUGAUCACUGUUCGUGGUUAUCACCGGCCAAAUUCAAGCCAGAAUUGGUUCCCGAAGAGCUUAUGGCGCAAUCACUUUCUUUGACAGUUGAAGACUAUGUGUCGGCCAUACAAGUAUUGGUCAACGAUUUGCGAUUCAAUUUAUACAUUACUUUAUAUAAGCGAAUGCUUGCCGUAUGGAUUGCAUUAGGUUUUGCCAUAUUAUUGUCGAUACUGUUCUCAGGUAUGAAAGGAUUGCCACUAUUUGUCGGAGGAGUCAUUUGGCUCGUUGUCAAUGUCUUCGGCAUAUUUGUUACAAUGUUUUUCAAAGUCAAGUUAUAUCAUUUGUUGGAGAGAUGUAUAUCUCAAGUAAACAGAAUGUUAUACAAGAAUAAUAUACUGUUGGGUGUCGACGACAGAGGAAGUCUUUCUUGCCAUAAAAUUAAUCUCAUUUUCAUCUAUUUUGAUGUUACUUAUUGUAUUAAAUUCUUGAAAGAUAUGCUCGACAAUGAAAAUCGAUCGGCAAAUGGGGACCAACAACAGCAUUCUGUCCCGAUGUCCAAUACAUCGUCAAUCUUAUCGCGAAUGGAUAUCAACACAGAGGAUGUUAUAAUUACCGGAACUCAACCGAAAACUUUAUCGCAAAAAGAGACAUACGCUGAAAAAUUACUGCUACGCUAUAGUCAGCGCUGGGUCAAAGACUUUGUCCGACGCAAAAUCGAUCUGAAUAUGCCGUUACACGCGGACGCGGCUGGUGUUCCCGUAACGGCAUUGCCAUCAGCGCCGAGACACUGUUCAUCAUCGAGAUGUUUGUGUCAGUUUAUUGAGGAACACCUCAAAUUCAAGCCAUUAACUCAAUGCAAUAUAACUGAACUAUUUAUGUGAACAAAAAAUAAUAAGGAAAUAUAUGAUAGAUAUAUAUAUAUAU